CCAGCAAGUGCCUGGAGGAAGCUUCCUGAUGUAGAAAGACCCUACCAGAAACCCCGCGCGCUCUCGGGCAGCUUGUGAAGCAAAGCUGUCAGGAUGGCAGAAAACAAGGAUGGUAACGCUAAAAACGCCGACGUCAGACCCAAAAGCAGCCGGAGCAGAAGUGCGGACAGAAAGGAUGGUUAUGUCUGGAGUGGGAAGAAGCUCUCCUGGUCUAAGAAGAGCGAGCAUUGCUCUGAUGCUGAGGCAGCAAGUGCUGCGGGGAGGUCGGGGACUAAUCUGAGGAGCCAGGAGAGGAAGUUCAGCUGCUCCUCCAUCGAGCUGGACCUCGACCGCUCGUGCGGUCACAGGUUUUUAGGCCGGUCUCUCAAGCAGAAGCUGCAGGAUGCUGUGGGUCAGUGCUUUCCCAUCAAGAACUGCAGCAGUCGGCACACCUCGGGACUGCCAUCCAAGAGGAAGAUCCACAUCAGCGAGUUAAUGCUGGAUAAGUGUCCUUUCCCUCCGCGCUCCGAGCUGGCUUUUCGCUGGCACUUGAUCAAAAGACAUACAGCCCCUAUAAGCCCCAAAGGGGAAGACUGGAUCAUUAGUGAUUUAUCCCAGCACGAGGAAAGGGAGGAUCAGCUGCGAGAUGACCAGAUUGCCAAUGGGGGGAUGGACUCUCCCUCCCAGUCCUGCGACUUCACCGACAGCGGUUCCUCUAGGGGUGACUUGAGGUCUGAGUUGGUUACAGGGAAGGUGGGGAGGAGCAGUAAAGAUGAGAGCGACAUGGACUCAGAUGAUGAAGUUAUAACACUGUGCACGAGUUCUAGAAAAAGAAACAAGCCCAAGUGGGAAACGGAUGAUGAGCUGUUCCGGAUGGAAACACCUCCGAAAUACCACACGCAGAUUGACUAUGUCCACUGCCUGGUCCCGGACCUUCUCCAGAUCAAUAACAAUCCCUGCUACUGGGGAGUCAUGGAUAAAUACGCAGCUGAGGCGCUACUAGAAGGGAAGCCAGAGGGAACGUUUUUGUUACGAGAUUCUGCCCAGGAGGACUAUUUGUUUUCUGUGAGCUUCAGGCGCUACAGCCGCUCCCUCCACGCCCGGAUAGAGCAGUGGAAUCACAACUUCAGCUUCGAUGCCCACGACCCUUGUGUCUUCCAUUCUCCUGACAUCACAGGACUCCUGGAGCACUACAAAGAUCCAAGUUCCUGUAUGUUCUUUGAGCCACUUUUAUCCACCCCACUGAACAGGACUUUUCCUUUUUCCCUUCAGCACAUCUGUAGAACAGUUAUUUGCAACUGCACAACUUACGAUGGUAUCGAUGCCCUUCCCGUUCCUCCCUCCGUGAAGCUGUAUCUGAAGGAAUAUCAUUACAAGUCAAAAGUCAGAGUACUCAGGAUUGAUGUGCCAGACCAGCAAAGCUAGGAAAUAUUUUUAUGGAAGAAUGAAAUUGUCUCUAAACAGGCAAAUAGUUUAUUCAGUCUUUCUUGUAGUUUUUUUAAUAGCUUUUUUUUUUUUUCCUUUUCUGCAGAUUAUUUAACCCCCAAACUAGCCUCUGCCUAAGACUUUUUUAUCAAAAUGUACUUUGAGUCUCCCCAGCUCUCUUUUUAGAAAUUAUGUUCAUUGUGAACUUUUGGUACUGUUCCCAAACCAGAAUUUUAGGGAGAUUUCGGGUAGGCUUUCUGGUAUUUCUAUAGAUGAAUAGUCUUUAGUUCUAAAAACUCCUGAAAAGCAGUUUUGAACUUGAUCUGUCUUUUAUAUUGUAAUUGACAUAAGUUGCUGACAUGUUUGCAAGAAUGCACUGGUAACUAAAGAUUAACUCAUCUGUAUUUUCUGCAUUUCUUUUAAAAUGAGUGCUCUAGC